CGGAAGAGUACUUUUAUCAAAGUAAAGCACCAAUUAUACUGUGACUGCGACAACCUGUCGUGAUCAUUCCGGCUAUUGGCCGACGAAUGAAAACAACCAAAAAUCCAUAUUAAUAAAUCAUGAGAUAAUCCGAACUCGAAUUCUCUCAUCGGGAGUAAGUGCAAAGUUUUAAAAAGGUACCAAAAAGGAAACUAAAAUAUAAACUUUGCCAAGGCGAGCAGAGCGAGGUAUUUAAUUUCACAACAAUCGGAAGACAUCAUGCCACUCACGAGAAAGUCACAUGGAUAGCACUCAACGGAAGUCACGAGACACGAAAAAAGCCAAGAAAAGUCGAGGAAGUCACACGCUGUCACAUCAGAUGCCGGUGGCAAGCGUGUGAAGCAAGAUGGUGGCUGCUGAAUUGUGUAAGAUUGUGGUGGUUGCACUUGCGGUUAUUUCUGUAGGAGAAGCGUUUCGUCUUCAGGCUCGCUUCCCUCGCCCUCAAGGAAAGGAUUUCGAGCAUCAUGCCAAGAGACAUUUGUGUAAGUUUUGCAUUUACGAGACAAGGACGUUUCGCCAAAAGCUGGAUCACUUCAACUUUAACAACAAUCGAACCUUUCUGCAACGCUAUCUUGUCGCCAUGAAAAAAUGGGAUAAGGGAGAACCGAUUUUCUUCUACACCGGAAAUGAAGGAGAUAUCACUUGGUUUGCCAAUAACACAGGAUUCAUGUGGGACAUUGCUGACGAGUUCAAAGCGAUGUUAGUGUUUGCAGAGCAUAGAUACUACGGCAAAUCGCUACCGUUUGGAAAAGAAUCUUACAAGGGACCACAAUAUUUAGGAUAUUUGACAUCGGAACAAGCGUUGGCAGACUUUGCUGUUCUCAUUCGUCACCUUAAGGUAAACAUUAGACUCGGAAGCAGGUGUUCCUUUGGCUCAUCACGAAGAUUGAGUGACGAGCCCAGAUAAGGUCUGCGUAAACAUUCACUUAACUAUGGUUUCUGGAGUUACCCUAGCAGUCUUAUUUUGGCUCGUCACGCAACGGAGGUGGGGAUUUCAAUACGACUCAAAUCUAAAGAAAUUGUCCAACAGUAUUCAGCUGGUUAGACAAUUUAAACUUUCUGGGGUAUUCCUCAUUCACGCAGUAGUACGUUUCUUGUUGGUGAUAAAGUUAAACUAAACGAGGAACCUGUUAGAGUACUUAGAACAGUCUGUUUCAGUAUGACAGUUGGACAAUUAUGUAAAACACAGAAUUCAACACAACUGUUUUAUUACCCCUCCCCCUCCCCCCACCUCC